AUGCGUUGGAGGGUGGAGGCGAGUGGGAAAGCCACAGAGCUGUUGGCCUCUGUUGGCCUCUUGGCCCUUGCGCGGCCGGGCUGGGGCAGGAGUCCGGCGGCGGCGGGGGCGGCCAUGGAGUCGCUGUCGGCCGCCAGUCAGCUGGGUCCUGGGCGCGACUCGGGCUCCUCCUCCUCCUCUUCGUCCUCCUCCUCCUCCUCGUCGUCGGCGGCGGCCUCGCCCCACUCGAAGCAGGAGCUGCAGCCGUACGCGGGCGGCGUCGGCGGCCCGCUGAAGCCCAACCAGGUGGGGGAGACGUCGCUGUACGGGGUGCCCAUCGUCUCGCUGGUGAUCGACGGGCAGGAGCGGCUGUGCCUGGCGCAGAUCUCCAACACGCUGCUGAAGAACUACAGCUACAAUGAGAUCCACAACCGGCGGGUGGCGCUGGGCAUCACGUGCGUGCAGUGCACCCCGGUGCAGCUGGAGAUCCUGCGGCGGGCGGGCGCCAUGCCCAUCUCCUCGCGCCGCUGCGGCAUGAUCACCAAGCGGGAGGCCGAGCGGCUCUGCAAGUCCUUCCUGGGCGAGCACAAGCCGCCCAAGCUGCCGGAGAACUUCGCCUUCGACGUGGUGCACGAGUGCGCCUGGGGCUCGCGCGGCUCCUUCAUCCCGGCCCGCUACAACAGCUCCCGCGCCAAGUGCAUCAAGUGCGGCUACUGCAGCAUGUACUUCUCGCCCAACAAGUUCAUCUUCCACUCCCACCGCACCCCGGAGGCCAAGUACACGCAGCCCGACGCCGCCAACUUCAACUCCUGGCGCCGCCACCUCAAGCUCAGCGACAAGACGGCCACCGACGACCUCAGCCACGCCUGGGAGGACGUCAAGGCCAUGUUCAACGGCGGCACCCGCAAGCGGACCUUCUCCCUCCACGGCCACGGGCCCGGCGGCGCCUCCUCCUCCUCCGCGGCGGGCAAGGGCGCCCUCCACCCGCCGCCCCCCUCCUCCUCCUCCUCCGCUGCCGCCCACGAGCUGGCGCCCGUCCACAAGAGCCUGCGCUGCGGCGGCGCCGAGGAGCAGCCCGGGGAGCGCGUCGGCCUCGCCUUGCCCUCCGGAGCCCACGGACCCGCCGCUGUGCGCAGCUACCCGGUCAUCCCGGUGCCCAGCAAGGGCUUCGGGAUGCUGCAGAAACUGCCGCCCCCCCUCUUCCCGCCCCCCUACGGCUUCCCGGCCGCCGCCUUCGGCCUCUGCCCCAAGAAGCAGGACGAGACGCUGGGGGGCGGCGGGGGCGAGCCGGGCAAAGGCGGCGGCGGGGGGCUUCCCCCGGGCAUCGCCACCCCCCAGGAGGGCUCCGGAUCGGGCGGCCCGGAGGGCGGCGAGCGCUGCCCCAGCGCCCUGUCCCGGGCGGCAGGCGGCGAGGAGGAGCGCUCGGGGGACGAGGCCCUGCUGGCGCCGCUGCCCCUGCCGCGGAAGGGCAGCUACCUGUCGGCCUUCCGCCCGGUGGUGAAGGACGCGGAGAGCAUCGCCAAGCUCUACGGGACCCGCGAGGCCUACGCCGCCCUCCCGCCCCGCGCCGGCCCUCCCGGCUACCUCUCCCCGGACUUCCUCAGCGAGGGCAGCUCCAGCUACCGCUCCCUCUCGCCCGGCGGCAACGACACGGUCGACGAGCCCGAGGUCGACGUCGAGUCCAACCGCUUCCCCGACGACGAGGACGACGACGAGGAGGAAGAGGCUCCAGCCGAGGAAGGCCAGGAGGGGACCCUUCUCCAGCUACCGCUCCCUCUCGCCCGGCGGCAACGACACCGUCGACGAGCCCGAGGUCGACGUCGAGUGUACCCCCAAGAAAGAGACGACCACCCCCAGGCUCUGAAGCCCAGCGCCCCCCUGGGCCCCCAGACAACCGCUUACCUCUGCACCCCCGAGAGGAACGAAGCAGAUAAGGAAGACAAUCAGCCCGCCGGCGAGGAUUUGGAGAAUAAGAAAUCCUAUCACGACCAAAGGACCGCCUCGCAGGCCAGCCCGGCCCACCCCGACCGAGGGCCGGAUCCCGAGCUCGCUUCCUCGGAAGAAACUCCCUCCGAGUCGUUCGAUGGGGCUUUCUCCUGGGGAAACACCUCUGUAGGCUUCCGGCCUCUUUCAGGGCAACGAGGGCUGCAGACCUGCGCGGGUUUACCCGGGAAUGAGUUGCAAAAACUCCUCUUGGAGCAAAUGGAACUCAGGAAGAAAUUGGAAAGAGAUUUCCAGAGUCUCAAAGAUAACUUCCAAGACCAGAUGAAGAGGGAGCUCGCUUACCGUGAGGAAAUGGUUCAACAGCUGCAGAUCGUGCGGGACACCCUGUGCAACGAACUGGACCAGGAGAGGAAAGCGCGCUACGCCAUUCAGCAGAAGCUAAAAGCCCUUUCACACGAACUCAAGGGGAACAAGCGAGUCGUGGCCGCUCCGUCAGGGCUCCUUUCCGCCGUCGGUUCCCAAGCGCCACAGCAAUUCUCUCUCGGGCCACCAGAGGGCGCAAGAGCCAGCGACGUCCAGCCUUCGAGGAGCAUUUCCGUCCAGGGCCGGCAGCUGCUGGGGAGAAAGAACGAAGUGGUCCCGCCAGAUGCCGGCCUGCCAGCCCCAGCGCUGCGUCUCUGA